AAUAUGGCGUCGAACCAUGGAACGGCCGUUAUAAAAAAUCUGUGUUAUACAGCGCCCAGACAUCCCAGAACAAAUAAACCAGCAACUGAAAACGAAAGAGCAAGAAGUUCCUUAGAAGCAGAACCACUUGAGAAUGAUGGAUUAUCCGAUUUUAGUGAAAGAAAACUGCCAUCUUCUCGUAGACACAAAAAGCAUCACCAAGGCCACAAAACCAAGGUGUCGGUCAGAGAGUCUUUGUCGCAUUCUCUUCGUGAGCUUGACGGUGUUGACGAGGAGAACUUCUAUGAACAUCUAUUAGCGUUGAAGAAUGAACACAAGAAAAGUCUAAAAGCGCUGGAAAAGCUUUAUUAUUCCGAAAAGGACAAACGCGACCACGGGUUUGAACUAGACUCCAAGACGAAAAUAGCUGUAAGAGAUUUUGAUGAUUCUAGAGUCCAAGAACACUUCCCUUUGCGUGAUUAUAAUCCCUUUCUAAGAGCGGAAGAAAACGAUGAAAAGGAAGGCACUGCAAUUUCAGUCAGACCAGAAGAUUGCAUUAGGGACAUGUCAAUCAGAGAACAUAGAACACAAGAAGAUAAGGAAAAUGAAGGAGACUCAUCUUUUGAGGAACUGCAAGCUUCACGAAGAAGAUCUUUUAGUGAUCCUUUAGAUGGAGAAUACUGGGAGGAUGAGGACAGAGAUGCUACCAGGAGUCGAUCAGAAGAUCACAAAGUCCUGUACAAGGAGAUGUAUCCGCAGAGAUCGUCCGCGCUGGAUGUGGUCGAGAACAUGUGGGAAGAUUUCUCAGUUUAUGAUUACCCCCCUGAGGCCAGCCCACCGCGCGAAAAACAUGCGAAAAAGAAAGAGUGGACCCCGCAGAUCACCAUUCCUAAACCAUUUACAAUGACGAUGAGAGAGGCCAAGAAAAAGGCGAAAAACAUGACCAGAUCACAAAUGAUUCUUCAGGAAGAUUUGAAGAAGAAGAAAGAAAAAGAGGAAGCUGAGUUGCAUAAGAAAUUCCGUGCGCAGCCUGUUCCCGCUACGACGUUUCUGCCACUUUAUGACGAGAUUACCCGGCAGAAUGAACUGAGAAGAUAUCACGUACAAGAACUAAGCAAAGCGAUCCUCAAAUCAACUGAAAAACCGUUCAAAUUCACGAAGCGCGAAGAGGAGAAGAAACAAAUGCGUCGGACCAAAUCUUUAAGCAAUCUCGCGGAACUCGAGAACAAAAUUGAUGAAAAAAAGAAGUUUAAAGCUAACCCAUUUCCUGAUCAUUUGUUUGAUCUGACUCUUGCAGAUAGGAUUGCCGAAAAAGAGGAGUACAGAGCAAUUCGCAUACGUAUGCGAGCGCAGGAAACACUAGCUGUGUCACGUCUCCCUCCAAAUAUGGAAGCGAGAGGGGAAGAAUACACGCUUGGUCAUUUCCGCAGUAAGCUGAACAAAGAAGGCAAUAAAAACGCUUUUAUGACCAAAGACCACAAAUUUCGACCGCAAAUUAACCCGGACGUGCCUGAGUUCGAUGCGCUUCAUAGACAGUUUGAAAAAGAGAUGAGGAAUAAGAAAAAGGAGCUGGAACCUACAGUUGUAGAGCCAUUCAAUCUUAGAACAGCGCGUCUAUCCACGACAAGGAAGGCGAGGUCCUCUAGGUCUCAAGAGGUCCCGGAUACUGGCAGAUCGUCCCGGGAUCGCUCGGCUAGCAGGGAAAGACCUUCUAGUGCCAGGUCAUCCACACCACAUGAUACACUUCCUUUUGGAAUCACAGAGUCUGCGCGGUUGCGCGAAAGUACAAUCCGCAGGAGCCUAGAAAAUAGAAGAGCAAAUGAGCAAGAAGAGAUAAAACAGGUGCAACAGAGGCAGCGCCGACAAAAGAUAUUAAAACCAGAAGUGACGCGAAAAGUCAUGGCGAAUGAUCACAGCGCGCAAUUGAAAAAGGCUGCGAAAGAAAAGGUUCAAAGUUUCAGGGAAGGUGAUCGGGCACGGAGAGAAGAAUACAACCAGGAACUGAAGGAGAUGCAGGACCGUGUGAAUAAACGACCGCUGCUCUUUGAGCAGCAAUCUCAAGCCACGGCAAGGCGCGCCGCAGAGCGAAAGUAUGCGGAUAUCCUUCGUAGCGCAGGCGUAGAGGAGGCGCUGGUAAGGGACUUGGUUACUAAGGAUGGAAAAAUCGUAGAUGUCGACUCGGACGAUGAGUUGGAGGAGACUGGGUCCCAGGUUAAUUACAGCGGAUCAAGAAGGUCUUCAGGAGCAGGAUAUACGAGGGACAGCCAUGAUGGAAAUGUGGAUGAAGACACGAGCGACGUUGAAGAGGAAAUAGAGGAAGAAGAAGAUGAGAUCUAAGCUAUCCAAAAGAAAAGGUUGUGAUUAUCCGACACAGCUGUAAGCCCCUCCUUCCUCCCCUCCCUCCUUUUCCACUUUUACUGGAGGUUGAAUUUAUGAAAUCCAGAAGACAGAUAAACAGAGGUCGACCAACAGCCUAGGUUUAUCCAAAGAAA